UUGACACUGAUCAGGAACCCACUGGAAUGGCAGUGAUCAGGAUGGUGUUGCAGUGAGGGACAGAUAUCUGGCUGCAAUGAAUGGCAGUGAACAGGAUCCACUGGUGUGGCAGAGAUCAGGGACACUUUAUGAACAGGCACACUGUAAGGUGAUCAGGGACACUGAUUGGGCCACUGUAUGGUGAUCAGGACACUGCUGGGCCACUGCGGUGAUCAAGGACACUGCUGGGUCACUUGUGUGGCGAUCAGGGACACUGUGGCGAUCAGGGACACUGCUGGACCACUGGUGCGGCGACCAUGGACACUGCUGGGCCACUGCGAUGAUCAGGACACUGCUGGGCCACUUGUGUGGCGAUCAGAAACACUGCUGGGCAACUGCGGUGAUCAGGGACACUGCGGUGAUCAGGGGGCACUGCUGGACCACUUGUCCGGCGAUCAGGGACACUGCUGGCCACUUGUGUGGUGAUCAGGGACACUGCUGGGCCACUUGUGUGGUGAUCUGGGCCACUGCGGCAAUCAGGGACACU